AUGUCCAAUUUGGAACAAUAUGACAUAGACUUUUACCAGUCGAAUUAUUCUAUUGAUAAUCAGGAACAGAGCUAUAAUGCAUCUAAUGCCUAUGGAAUGCUGAAGAUGUCAAGAAAACCGCAAGCCAGUGAGCAGCCCCAGUCUGCCUCUCUUGUUCCUCCGGAGAUGCUCCUGCCCUCAGGAUAUGCAGGACAAGUUUUUCAGCCAGCGUCUAAUUCGGAUUAUUAUUCACAAUGUCCUCCCAUUGACAGUUUUGAUGAAGAGCUUCCUUUGCUAGAAGAUAAGUUAAGGCAGUAACUUGGAAUAAAUUUUGAUCACAUAUGGCAAAAAACCUUGACAGUGUUAAACCCAAUGAAGCCAGCAGAUGGCGGCAUCAUGAAUGAAACAGACCUCGCAGGGCCCAUCCUCUUUUGUGUGGCCUUGGGAGCUACGCUGCUUCUGGCGGGAAAAGUUCAGUUCGGUUACGUGUACGGCAUGAGUGGCAUUGGCUGCCUUGGGAUCCACGCCCUACUGAACUUGAUGAGCUCUGCAGGGGUGUCCUAUGGCUGUGUGGCCAGCGUGCUGGGUUACUGCCUACUCCCCAUGGUCAUCCUGUCCAGCUGUGCCAUCUUCUUUUCCCUGCAGGGUGCCUUGGGAACCACGUCAGCUCUGCUCAUCAUCGGAUGGUGUAGUUUCUCAGCGUCCAAGAUCUUCAUUUCGGCUUUGGACAUGGAUGGACAACAGCUUCUCGUUGCCUACCCCUGUGCCUUACUCUAUGGGCUUUUUGCUCUCCUAACAGUUUUCUAA